AUGGCUUCAUCUUUCUUUUCUGAUUUUGGCCUUAUGUGGUAUCUGGAGGAACUCAGAAAGGAGGAAUUCAGGAAAUUCAAAGAGCACCUCAAAAAAGAGACUUUGGAACUUGGACUCAAGCAAAUUCCCUGGACUGAAGUGAAAAAAGCUUCCCGCGAAGACCUUGCGAACCUGUUGAUCGAGCAUUAUGAGGAACAGCAAGCAUGGGACGUAACCUUCAGGAUCUUUCACCAGAUCAGCAGGAAGGAUCUCUGUGAGAAAGCUGAGAGAGAGCGCACAGGACACAUGAAGAUGUAUCGAGCUCACGUAAAGAAGAAAUUUAGCAAUAUAUGGUCCAGAGAAUCAGUCACUGGGAUUCAUGAUCACUUUAACCAGGAACUCACCCCGGAAGAAUGCAAAUAUUUAGAACUCUUUUUUGCUCAUAAGGAGACUGGGGAACGAUCACGUACAGUGCUCCUCAAAGGAGUGCAAGGAGUUGGGAAAACAACUCUCCUGAUUAAGCUAAUGUUGGCCUGGUCGGAGAACACCCUCUAUCAAGAUACGUUCCAGUAUGUCUUCUACCUCUCCUGCCGAGAAGUGAAGCAGUUGACAGCAACAAGUUUGGCUGAAUUGAUUUCCAGGGAGUGGCCCAACUCCUCAGCACCUAUAGCAGAGAUCAUGUUUCAACCAGAGAGACUCUUGUUCAUCAUUGACAGCUUCGAAGAGCUGAAAUGUGACUUGGAUGAACCAGAGUCAAACCUGCACAAUGACUGGAUGGAGAAGCAGCCAGUGCGGGUGCUGCUGAGCAGUUUGCUGAGGAAGAAAAUGCUCUCCGAGUCCUCACUGCUUAUCGCAGCCACACACGAGUACCCGCGGGAGGUUGAGGGUAGGUUGGAAUGUCCAGAAAUUAAAACACUCAUGGGAUUCACGGAGGCAGAUAGGAAGUUGUAUUUCUGCUGUUUAUUUCAAGACAGGAAUAAAGCCAUGGAAGCCUUCCAUUUUGUAAGAGAAAAUGACCACCUGUUUUCAAUGUGCCAAAUCCCCCUCCUCUGCUGGAUCGUGUGCACGUCUCUGAAACAGGAGAUGGAGAAGGGGAGAGACCUAGCCCUGGCCUGCCGACGUUCCACCUCUUUGUUUGCGUCCUUCAUCUUCAACUUGUUCACAUCCAGCGGUGCGCGUCGUACACGCCAGCAGAGCCAAGGCCUGCUGAUAAGCCUGUGCUCCCUGGCUGCCGAGGGCAUGUGGACUGAUACGUCCGCGUUCAGUGAAGACGAUCUGAGGAGAAAUGGAAUAGCUGACCCUGACAUCCCCAUGUUGCUGGGCGUAAAGGUUCUAAAGCGCAGGGAGGACGAGAGCUCCUACACCUUCAUCCACAUGCGUGUCCAGGAGUUCUGUGCUGCCAUGUUCUAUUUACUGAAGAGCCACAGUGACCACCCUCACCCAGCCGUUGGAUGUGCAGAGGCCCUACUCUUUAACUAUCUAAAGACCGUAAAGACACACUGGAUUCUUUUGGGCUGUUUUGUAUUUGGCCUUUUAAAUGAAAAAGAACAACAACGGCUGGAUGCAUUUUUUGGCUUCCAACUGUCCCAAAAGAUAAAGCAGCAAUAUUAUCAGUACCUGAAGAGCUUAGCUGAGCGUGAAGAUCUUAAGAGACAGGUAGAUUUCUUAGCAUUGUUUUACUGUCUGUUUGAGAUGCAGAAUGAAGACUUCAUAAGGCAGGCAAUGCACUUCCUCCAAGACGUUAACUUUUCUAUUGCGGACAACUCAGACUUGGUGGUUUCAGCCUACUGCUUAAAAUACUGUUCUGGCUUGAAGAAACUUCAGUUUUCAAUCCAAAAUGUCUUUCAGGAAACAAAUGGACACAGUUGUAUGUCAAGCCGUGGUAUCAUCCGUUGGCAUCAUAUCUGCUCUGUGCUCACUACAAAUGAGAACCUCAGAGAACUCAAAGUGAAAAACAGUGACCUCAACACGUCAGCCUUUGUGGCUUUGUGUGACCAGCUGAGGCAUCCUAGAUGUCACCUUGAAAAGCUUGAAAUGAAUAACGUUUCCUUUUCUGGCAACAUGUGGCAUUUCUUUGAGGUGCUUGUUCAUAAUCCAGGUAUAAAAUUCCUGAGCCUCAGUUCCACAAAACUCGCCCGGGACGAAGUGACGCUCCUUUGUGAUGCCUUGAACCAUCCAGUGUGUAACAUCGAAGAGCUGCGGCUGGCAAACUGUGGCCUCACAUCUGACGACUGCCAAGUCUUCUCCUCGGUCCUAAACAGCAGCAAGAAACUGAAGCAUCUUAAUGUAUCAUACAACUACUUGCAUGAAGGGGUGUGCCAGUUGUGCAAGAGUUUGUGCCACCCAGACUGUGCCCUGGAGGUCCUCAUUUUGGCUUACUGCUACCUGACCGAGCACUGCUGGGAAUGCCUCUCUGAAGUCUUUCUGCAUAAUAAGAGCCUGGUUCAUCUAGACCUCAGUGCAAAUAUCCUGAAAGAUGAGGGGCUGAAAAUUCUCUGUGAAGCCUUGAAACACCCAGACUGCUGCCUACAGUCACUGUGUUUGGUGAAAUGUUUCAUCACUACUGAAGGCUGUCAAGACCUCACCUUAGUUCUCACCAGCAAUCAAAACCUGAGAAGUCUGCAAAUUGGGUACAAUGAUGUAGAAGAUGUUGGUGUGAAGCUCUUGUGUGAAGCUCUGAUACAUCCCAACUGCUGCUUAGAGAACCUGGGGCUGGAAGCAUGUGGGUUAACCAGUGCCUGCUGUGAGGCUCUCUCCUCUGCCCUUACCAGCUGCAAGACUCUGCGGAGACUGAACCUGGUUCAGAAUGCCUUGGACCAUAGUGGGGUAGCUGUGCUCUGCGAGGCCUUGAGACACCCAGAGUGUGCCCUGGAGGUGCUUGGCCUGAAGAAAGCUGAAUUUGAUGAGGAAACACAGACACUUCUGAUGGCUGAGGAAGAGAGAAAUCCCGACUUGAGGAUCAUAAACAGCUGA